AUGCCUCUUCUAACAGGGCAAACUUUCACACCUAACCAGGAUCCAAAUAAGCUUCCUUCAAUAUUUAUACUUGUGGAAGGUGAAGAUAUGUUGAAUCUAGGUGCAUGGUAUCACUGUUAUGAGUCCGAAGAAUUGGAUUCCAUUGCAAGUAAUGAUGAAGAGAGUCAUCAGGUAGUAUUUCCACAAGGAAAUGUAGAUGCUCCAGUUAGGGAAGUAAGAUUGGAUUUAGCAAUGGAGUUUGAAAAUCUGGAACAAUUCAAGAAAGCGGUCAGAAAGUACAACAUCAACAUAAGCAAAAGCAUAUUCUUUCCAAGAGUUGAUUCUACCAGGUAUAAGACUAUAUGUUAUGAUGAGGAUUGUCCAUGGCAGAUAUACUGUGCAAAGAGGUCAUAUCCAUUAAGCUUUCAAGUGAAGACAUUUAUCAAUGAACAUACAUGCAGCAGAGUCAAUAAGAACAAAUUUGCAGAUGCAAAGUGGAUUGUUGAUGAUAUUAAAGACAAGAUACGUGAUUACCCAAAAAUGACGCAAAGACAGGCAAACAACUUUUUUAAGAAGGAGUAUGAUGUAAUUGUCAAUAAGAAGAAGAUAUAUAGGGCUAUGGUGAAAGCAAGGAAAAUGAUUGAAGGGUCAGAAAUAGCUCAAUAUACACUUCUUAGGGACUAUGCAAAUGAAGUUAUAAAGACUAACCCUAGCUCUACUGUAAGAAUCAGCACCAAUUUUGUGAAAGGCACUAGACAUAAAUUCAAAAGGAUAUACAUUUAUUUGGAAGGUUGUAAGACGGGAUUUUCGGUUGGCUGCAUGCUAUUCAUAAGGUUGGAUGGUACUUUUCUUAAAGGUUACUAUCUUGGACAGUUGCUGAUUGCUAUCGGCCAUGAUGCCAAUAACUAUAUAUAUCCUAUAUCAUAUGCAGUUGUGGAAUGUGAAUGCAAAGAAAGUUGA